UCGUUGUUUUCUACUUUGACCCUCACUGGGAGCCACAUACCCAAACCCAUCACCCUUUCAAGAGUAGAGUCGUUCCCUGCCCGCAGGUACAAUCUCGGUGAGGGGUGCUUCGAGACUCUGUCCGGGGUAUGGAAAGCCGCCUACGUACCAAAAAAUCGAGGCCACCUCGCUCUCGAGCUCGGGGACCGUCUUGGGAGCGGCCGUUCUGGUUGGGUGUACAAGGCAGAGGUCGUUUCCGUUCAACCACCCGAAGGCCAAAACGCACAUCCUAUCCUGUGCCCCACCAAAUCCGCGCUCUGCAUCAAGAUAGCUCGACCGAAUCGAUGCCGAACGCUCGCUCGGGAGGCAUGGAUUUACGAGCGCCUCCCCGAACCGCAUAGCUAUUAUCCCUCCUCUGAAGAAGAGACUUCGCCUAUGCCAUCCGAUGGCGAUCCCACCCGCGACGACGAUCUCCCGGAUGAUGAACACACCCCCGAUGACGACCCCUUGGACUAUGAACCCAAAGAGAGUGACGGUGAAUUUCAAGGGUCGGACGCCCGAGAGCUUUCCGAGUGGCUUCAUUGGAUAUCCAGACCCCGACGCGCCGCUGCUUUCUGUCGACUCCUGCUCAUGUCGCGAGGAGGACCAGCCUACUCU